UAAGGGGUGGAUGUAGUAGCUUGCCAUAUAUUAGAAGAAACUGACCUUAAAAAAAAAAAAAUCGACAACCAUAACUUAGGCUUUAGCUGAGCGGCAUCGCCAGCUCCAACGCUUUAACAUGGGUUUUAUUAAGAGUUCAGCAUGGAGGGCGCAGGAAUAGAAUUGCAGGAGGACACAUCAGCCACAGUUGAAGACAGAGAUGAGGCUGGCAUGGAGGACAAAGCAAUUGAAGCUUCUGAAGGAAACAAGAAGAAAAUCAAUCCUGGGAUUAUAUACCUGGGGCACAUUCCGCCUCGACUCCGGCCUCGUCAUAUCCGUAACAUGCUGAGUGUUCAUGGGGAAGUUGGGCGAAUUUUCUUGCAAGCAGAAGAUCGCUUUGUUCGAAAGAAAAAACAAAAGUCUGGCAGUAACGCCCGCGAUUUUACAGAGGGCUGGGUUGAAUUCCGAGACAAAAGAGUUGCCAAGCUGGUAGCCGCCAGUCUGAACAACGCUCCCAUGGGGACACGCAAGAAGAACCGUUUUCACGAUGACCUGUGGAAUAUCAAGUACCUGCAUCGCUUCAAAUGGUCUCAUCUGAGCGAGCGACUGGCGAUCGAGCGGCAGGUUCGCCAGCAACGCAUGCGAGUUGAAGUAUCUCAGGCCAAGCGAGAAACAAACUUUUAUCUCCAGAACGUGGAACGUAGCAAGAAGUUCUCCAAAGCUGAACGCAAGAAAACUACAGGUCAGACUGAAGCGGAACCUAAAAAUCAGCAAUGGAACUUUACUCAACGCAAGACUGAAGCAGAGAUUCAGACUAUGAAGACCAGCUCCGGAUCAGGUGACAAACGGCGGAUCCAGAAGAGGAUGGAACUGGCUGAGAAAGCUCAGGAAAAAUCUCAGACAAGCAAAUUGUUGCUGCACAAAAUCUUCAAUGCUGCGUGAGAGACAGGACUGCUGGAGGGAAAGCAACCUCCACUCUCUUUACCUACUGAGUGAGUGCCGAUCCUGGGACGAGUGGAGUCCUGCAGUAGCAUUCGGGGUUAUGUUAGGAAUCGUGUUUUGAUCCCUGAGUGAGUGUGGAUAUAGCUGCGUUGUGAGAGCCCGUGUCUGCCGUGACUCAACAUGAAAUGACUGAACGCUGGACCCAAACUAACUAACUACUUUUCACAACAAAAAACCUGUGAAAGAAAUAUA